GAGGCAUGCAAGCAAGAAACACACAACGCGUUCUGUCCCUUGAGGCUUGAAUCACUCAACUCAAAGACCGCAACAACGUUAAACAACAACAUUCUUAUAUUCAUACCAUGUUCUAUCACCACACACACACACGCCAUUCAUUCACUUUCUUCACAAUACGUGGCCAUGGCCUCACACGUCCGCAGCUUCUGCUGUUUCUUCACCUUGGCCGUGGCCGUGCUGUCCAUCUUCUCCGCCACGCCGUCCACGUCUCAGCCGCAAGCCGCCGACUCCUGCAACGGAAUAUUCCUCUCGUACGCCUACACCGGCGGGAGGAAGCUAGCGCCGAACGUGACGGAGCCGGCGGAGCAGCCGUACAGGUUCGAGUCGACGCUGAGGGUGCUGAACAACGGGCUAGAGGAGCUGAAGGAUUGGAGGGUGUACGUGGGGUUUAGGCACCGCGAGUGGUUGGUGUCGGCGUCGAACGCGGUGCUGGCCGACGGCGCCAGCCUUCCCGCUGCAGUGGGGAACGGCACCGUUUUGAGCGGCUCCACGGUGAGGGAUCUGAAGACGGCGGUGGAGACUGCCGGGGACUUGAGUCAGAUGCAGGUAACGGUGGAGAUUGUGGGGGCUUUGUUUGGAGUGGCGCCACCCGCUGUGCCCAUGCCUUCUUCUAUAAACUUGGCUAACGAUGGAUUUGUGUGUGGUCAACCCACUAGUCAAGGGAGCAAUGAGACUCACGUCUGUUGCACAAGUGAUCCCAAUUUCAAAUCAAACAUCUCCACACUCGAAGAGUUCCAACCCCGUCAGAAGGGUGACCUCAGCAUCACCUACGACGUCAUCAGAACCUAUGAUUCCAAUUACUGGGCAGAGGUCACAAUCGCAAACCACAACCCCUUAGGCCGUCUGGAUAACUGGCAACUAACCUGGGACUGGAACAACGACGAGUUCAUCUAUGCAAUGAAAGGUGCUUAUCCCUCCAACGUUGACUCCUCCGAAUGUGUCUUUGGUUCACAGGGUGUGUUCUACAAGGAACUCGACUUCGCCAACGUCUUGAACUGCGAAAGAAGACCAACCAUAGUGGAUCUCCCUCCAUCUAGCUUCAACGACACAAACAUUGGUCAAAUCCCGUUUUGCUGCAGGAAUGGCACCAUCUUGCCACCAACUAUGGACCCUAGCAUGUCAUCUUCGAGAUUCCAAAUGCAAGUUUUCAAAAUGCCGCCGAACCUUAACCUUUCCCACCUCACACCUCCUCGUAACUGGGAGAUAAAGGGUACCCUCAACCCUGAUUACAAAUGUGGCACCCCUAUUAGAGUCACUCCUAGUGAAUCUCCCGACCUAACACACCCUCCUUCCAACAAAUCCGCUAUUGCAAGUUGGCAAGUUGUGUGCAACAUCACCAACACAAACCGUGCCAACAAGUGUUGUGUUUCCUUUUCAGCUUACUACAACGAGUCGGUUAUCCCAUGCAACACGUGUGCAUGUGGAUGCAACAACAACAACGUGGAGAGGACAUGCAGUGUUACUUCACCAGCCAUGUUGCUUCCACCGGAGGCACAACUUGUCCCCUUUGAGAACCGAACCGAGAAGGCUGUGACCUGGGCUGGGUUGAAGCACUUGCACGUGCCCAACCCCAUGCCUUGCGGUGACAACUGUGGCGUGAGCAUAAACUGGCACGUGUCGACGGAUUACCGUAGAGGCUGGACCGCGAGGGUGACGCUUUUCAACUGGGGUGAGACUAGUUUUGCUGACUGGUUCGUUGCGGUGGAAAUGGAGAAGGCUGCGAAGGGUUUUGAGAAGGUGUAUUCGUUCAAUGGAAGUGCGUUGGAGAGUGUGGAAAACACGAUAUUCAUGCAGGGGAAGGAGGGGUUGAACUAUCUUGUGGCGGAAACGGAUGGAUCUAACCCUCGGAGAGAUCCUAGGGUGCCGGGGAAGCAGCAAUCAGUGAUAUCGUUUACGAAGAAAGCUACUCCAGGAAUUGAUGUGGUUGGUGGUGAUGGGUUUCCUAGUAAAGUGAUCUUCAAUGGGGAGGAGUGCUCUCUUCCUUUGGUGUUUCCUAGCAGUGGUGGGAGAAAGGAGGUUUCGUUGAGCACUAUGAUGUUCCUGGUGCUGUUGUUUUCGGUUUUCUUCGUGUGGCAAUAGUGGCAUUGUUUGGUUGAUUGUUGUUUUAUGUAGUGACAUCAUUGCAGUUGCAGAUAAAGAGAAAAGAAAAUGAUGCAUGUUGUAAAUCCAUUUUGAUGUUGAGGCAAUCCCUGCUUAACUUGUAUGAUUCUUUAUACGGUACUAAUACAGAAGGUUGUUGCUAGAACACAAACUUCAUGAUUGCUCUUGUGGUACAGAGUUAACAUUUAUGAUUCCUCUCUUGCUACAAGGCAUGAUAACCAAAAGAUAAUCCACCAAAAAUUUAAGUCUAAAUGGACAAUAUCAUUACCCACCACCAACUGUUGUACCGUAGAAUUAUGUUAGAUUAUAUAGAGAUAAUUUUUUAACAUUUCAUGAUUAUCUAAAAUAUCAAGUAUAAAUGGUGUUGGCAAUAAAACCCCAUUUGAGAACCUAAUCCGUGUCAUGGGCAUUUUGUGGGUGCUGUAAUUUUCAUGAACAAGUAAUAUCCAAGUACAGAAGCAAACAGAAAAAAAAAAAAAAAAAA